AUGAGCUCAUUUAAAAAUAUUAUAUUUUUACAAAUUGGAAUUGGAAUCUCCACCAACUCCUUCCUCCUUUUCUUCCAUAUCCUCAUUCUUAUUCUGGAUCGAAGGCCUAAGCCCACAGACCUGACCAUCUGUCACAUGGCCUGUGUCCAUAUAAUGAAGCUCUUUGCUGCCCUGUAUCUGAUGUCUCCAGAACUGUUUGAGUCACUCAGGGUUCAGAAUGACGUCAAGUGUAAGGCUUUGUUCUACUUGAGCAGAGUGACCCGAGGCCUCUCCAUCUGCAUCACCUGCCUCCUGAGUGUGCUCCAGGCCAUCACCAUCAGCCCCAGCACCUCCUGGUUUGCACAUUUUAAACACAAGUCCACCAGUUUCACGGUCCACUGUUUCUUCUGCUUCUGGCUUCUUAGUUUGUGUCUCAGCGGCAACAUCCUCUUCUACACUGUGGCUUCUUCUUCCAAUGUGACUCAGGCCAGGCUGCUGAAUGUCAAUAAACACUGCUCACUUUCCUCCAUGCACUCCAUCUUCCAGAACCUGGUUUUUGCUCUGACAUUACCCAGGGAUGUUGUCUUUGUAGGGAUCAUGCUGCUCUCAAGUUCAUACAUGGUGCUUCUCUUGCUGAGGCACCAGAGGAGGUGCCGGCACCUUCAUGGCACCAGCUUCUCCCCAAGAGUCUCCCCAGAGAGAAGGGCCACACAGACCAUCCUGCUGCUGGUGAGUUUCUUUGUGGUCAUCUACUGGGUGGACUUCAUCCUCUCGUCAUUCUUAGUACUGUUAUGGGUCUAUGACCCAGUCAUCGUGUUCCUUCAGAGUUUUUUGGUGAAUAUCUAUGUUGCUAUCAGUCCCUUGGUGCUAGUUAGUUCUGAUAAGAGAAUAAUAAGGAUAUUUCAAAAAGUAUAUUAUAAUUGCCAUAUGCUGCCCACAUUUAAAUACUUUCAGUGA